GGGCUGGGAUCGGGCUCUGGGAAUGGUGGGCGGCGGCCCCCGGGCGGGUAGCGACGGUCGCCCAAGUCCGGGCGGGGUGGGCGCCGAGACGGGAGACCCCCGGGCGCCGGGCCCUCCCCGGACUUCCCCCUCCAGUCAGCUCCUCUGCGGAGCCUCGACCCCUCCAGUGGGUGCAGGACCCUCGGCGGCACCCGGGGAUCGCCGCUCUGUCCCGGGGCCCCGGAGCAGUUAACGGGCCGGGGCUACGGACAGCAAAGUGGAAAGUUAGACCAGCUGGGACCCAGGGCGGUGGGCACGCGGCCGUGGGAGGAGCGGCCGUGCUGGCACUGCCUCCCCAACUUGCUUUUGAUCCUGCCGGUCUCGUCCCGCAGCUGCCUCUGCAGCGCCGGUGCCAGCUGUGGGGGCUUUCGGCCAGGGCUCUCCGGACAGCAUGAGCGUGGGCUUCAUCGGUGCUGGCCAGCUGGCUUUUGCCCUGGCCAAGGGCUUCACAGCAGCAGAGGCCAGAACUGGCCAUGAAGAGGAACUCUUUCCCCUCUCAGGCGUUCUGGCUGCCCAUAAGAUAAUGGCCAGCUCCCCAGACAUGGACCUGGACACCGUUUCUGCCCUCAGGAAGAUAGGGGUGAAGCUGACGCCCCACAACAAGGAGACGGUGCGGCACAGUGAUGUGCUCUUCCUGGCCGUGAAGCCACACAUCAUCCCCUUCAUCCUGGAUGAGAUAGGCGCCGACAUUGAGGAUAGGCACAUUGUGGUGUCCUGCGCAGCCGGUGUCACCAUCAGCUCCAUCGAGAAGCUGUCAGCAUUUCGGCCAGGUCCCAGGGUCAUCCGAUGCAUGACCAAUACUCCAGUCGUGGUGCGGGAGGGGGCCACUGUAUAUGCCACAGGCACACACGCCCAGGUGGAAGAUGGGAGGCUCCUGGAGCAGCUGAUGAGCAGCGUGGGCUUCUGCACGGAGGUGGAGGAAGACCUGAUCAACACCGUCACGGGGCUCAGUGGCAGCGGCCCUGCCUACGCGUUCACAGCCCUGGAUGCCCUGGCUGAUGGGGGCGUGAAGAUGGGGCUUCCAAGGCGCCUGGCAGUCCGCCUCGGGGCCCAGGCCCUCCUGGGGGCUGCCAAGAUGCUGCUGCACUCGGAACAGCACCCAGGCCAGCUCAAGGACCACGUCUGCUCUCCUGGUGGGGCCACCAUCCAUGCCUUGCACGUGCUGGAAAGUGGGGGCUUCCGCUCCCUGCUUAUCAACGCUGUGGAAGCCUCCUGCAUCCGCACACGGGAGCUGCAGUCCAUGGCUGAGCAGGAGCAGGUGUCCCCAGCCGCCAUCAAGAAGACCAUCCUGGACAAGGUGAAGCUGGACUCCCCUGCAGGGGCUUCUCUGUCGCCUUCUGGCCACACCAAGCUGCUCCCCCACAGCCUGGCCCCAGCAGGCAAGAAGGAUUGAUGCGUCCUGCCUGCCCACCAUCCUGCCUCCACCUUCUCUUCUCUCCUCACUAGAGGGGUUGGGGGUCCCCGAAGUGGCCCACUGCCUGUGGCCUGGAUGAGUGCAGGGGGACCGCUGGGGACAUAGCCAAGGAGGAGCCUCAUCAAUUCUCACUGGAAAUUUCUGUGAUCUCCAAGUGCUUCCCACCCCAGAACAGGGGUGGAUUCCCCAAGCUUAACCUCCUUUCUCCUCUCUCCCAAACUAUGUCAGGACCACCUUCCUCUAGAGCUCAGGAGCCCGGAGGGUCUUCACCCACUCCUACCCCAGUGUCAGCUGGUGUGGGGGGCUCCUUCCUGAGUGCAAAGGUCAAGGACCCCCUCUGUGAAGGCUUAGCGGAGGUGGGAUCCCACCUUGCCUCCUACCCACUCCCUGCUCUCCACUCAGGUAGAAACCUCUUCUUCCCAUGUAAGAAGGACCAGAGGGUCCCUGGCAUCCCACACCCAGUGUGGCUCCUCUUGGCUGCCAUGCACCCAGAAGCCAUGGACAUUUGGGGAAAGGGGUCCUUGGGGUGCUGGCGAACUUCCUGUGGCCAUCGCCUUCAGCUCCUGACCUGCCUGGUAGGGUGCUAUCACUUCUGUCCUGGCCCUUUAAGUUUUAUAAAUUGGUUUCCAGUCCCCAGUGCCCUAGCUUAUUCUGCCACAUGAGGAGGGAGGAUCUACCUGGGAGGGAGGGUGGUUAUUGUGGAUGGAAUAGUGGGGGCCUUCAACUGAUGAGACAAAGCCUGCCCACAUCUUGGAGUGCAUCUGCCUUACUGAUUAAAAUGUCAAUGUAAUCUAAUGCAAAA